AUGAGUGGUGACGAUCUCACUGCCGUCACCCUGCCUCGAUCUCCAAUGUCACACCCACCAUCAACUCCAAGCAGGUCCAAGAGAGCUUUGAAGGACCUCGACGCACUUCGCGGUGCCCGAGAAAAUCAGCCUGGGCAAACCUUGCAUUCAUGGCGGUCCAAAGAGAAUUCCAGCGCUUCGGACAAUGCCUGCGAUAGCCCCAGUCCCGCAAGGGACGGCCGACUGACCAAGAAGGCCAAGGUCGAGCUCACGCCCAGAUCUUAUCAAGUGAGUGUGCAGCGCCAGUCCUUUCAAAGCGCUGCGUACUGAGCGGUCCUCAAGGCUCAAUGCGCAUUGUUCUCACGUAUCCAGAGCUACCUCUACGAAAUUGCGAAGCGUCGAUCCGUCAUCGCUGUGCUGCCGACGGGCAGCGGCAAGACGCUCGUAGCUGCAAUGCUCAUCCAGCACGUCCUCGACAUGCACCAAGACCAAAAUGCGCAGCGAGUCUCACCCGACUUUUGCAAGCCGCCGACGCAGCCAACACCCCUGCCGCACGACGAGCACACAUCGGAGCGCAAGGUCAUUCUCUUCCUGGUGAACUUGGUUCCUCUGGUGCAUCAGCAGGCCACUUUCAUCGAAGAACACACCAACGCCAGAGUCGGGCGUCUCUUCGGAGGAGUGGGCGUAGACACGAGGGACGAGGCACAAUGGGCUCACAUGACCAAGCAAGGCACGUACGACGUCAUCGUAGCUACAGCGCAGUGCGUGCUGGAUGGCCUUAUCCAUGGUUUCUUCAGCAUCAGAGAUAUUCAGCUGCUGAUCUUUGACGAAGCCCACCAUGCGAGCCUGGUCCACCCUUAUCGGCGCAUCAUGAACUGCUACUGGGACACCCAUCCCAAACAGCGUCCACACAUCUUUGGCAUGACUGCCAGUCCUCUCAAAUCUGGCGCAAGCUUCGAAUAUGCCACCCAAACCCUCGAGAGAACGCUGGACGCGAUCAUCUUGACGGCUCCGGAGGCGCAUCGCGAAGAGCUCGCUCGGGCCGUGAGUCGACCUCAAGAGCUUGUGGUGGAAUUUGACUCUGCGCCAUUGUCAAGUCCUAGCAAAUUUACAAAGUUCAUCGAGUCGGAAUUCGGUGCCACGCCAGGCUGUAAACGCCUGCUGGCACGGAUCGACGAAGUGUGAGCUGGAGGAUCGCAUUGACCCCAGAUAGAUAUAGAUGACGUGACUGACAUAUCCUCGCUCUUCUGGCCUUUCCUUUAGGACGGCAGAAUAUGGGGUUCUGAUGGCUGACCUCGUCUGGGUGACUUCCUCCAAGGACAUACGAGCAGCUUCGCGAGAGUUGCAAGACUACAGGCCAUUGGCAGAAUCGGACUACGAGCUGCUUAACUAUGAAUGGCGCCUUCAGCAUGCAUUCGACGCCGACCUCAGUCAUGCCAAUCUGCCAGCAAGAGCCACAACACUGGGCAGCCUGAAUGCUGACCACAAUCCGACUGACGUUGUAGAUGAAAGCCAAGCAGCGGAUAUCGCCGCCGAUGCAGCCUGGCAGAAGCUGUCCGAAGAGAUCGAGCUCGACAAAGAGUUCCUUGAAGUCCUUGAUGCCGUUGUUCUGCCGGACCGACUCGAAGUGACGAGGGACAAUGCCACGCCAAAGAUCAUCGCUUUGGUAGAAGUCCUCAGGUCUUUGAGGACGGACGGACGUCUGUCUUCCGACUUCUGUGGCAUCAUCUUCGUGUCAAGGAGAGAGACAGCCAUGGCUCUCAACGAGCUGAUCAAACGCGUUCCACAGCUCGAUUUCCUGCAUCCAGAGUGCCUGAUUGGACACGACGCUGACGCUCGACUUGGUAUGAGCUGGCAAGAUCAGAGCAAGUGCCUUGCACGUUUUCGACGCAGAGAUCCGACCAACUUGCUGAUUGCCACCAGUGUCUUGGAGGAAGGACUCGACAUCUCGCCGUGCAACGUCAUUAUCCGCUUCGACCUUUUUCACACGCAUAUACAAUUCGUGCAAAGCCGAGGUCGUGCUCGACACCAAGAUAGUCAGUACAUCAUUCUGGUGGAGCGAGGCAAUGCGAAGCUAAGCAAGUUGCUCGUGGCAGUGACCAGAGCUGAGCACGAGAUGCAGACAUGGCUGCACAAUCUACCAGAUGAUCGAGAGCUUCCGAAGGACGCGCUCGCUACUUCUUCGAAAGGGGCUCUGGACGAUGGUGAGGAGGAAAUGAACGCAAUCGAAGCCGAGAUCCAUCUCGACGAAAAAUCCACCGGUGCGCGGCUUCAUCCAGCAGACUGUCUUGGAGUGCUAGCGUACUAUGUUGCGAUCCUUCGAGCAGAUGACUACUCCCCCUCGGCACCCGUGUACGCCUUCGAUCGGGGCUUGGAUGGCGUUUCUGCGACCGUCCAUCUGCCCGCCAAUGCGCGAUUGCGAGUCGUGCAUGGACCGGCCUGCAGAUCGAAGAGAGUAGCCAGACGCUUUGCCGCUUUCGAGGCUUGUCGCCAUCUCAGAGCUUUAGGCGUGCUUGACGACCAUCUCGUGCCCCGCGUGCAUCGACCUCAGAUGGAUUUCCAGCCGUUCGAGAAAACUGUGCACGGCAAGGUCAUGGGCACUCGCUCUCGCGAAAUUCGCCUGACCAUUCCUCCGCCGCAAAUAUUUUGCCGGCUUCCUCAGAAGACCAGCAAGGAGCAGUUCCUGGUGCACGCAACCCUGUUGAACCUGUCCUCUCUCGCAUCAGAGCCAAAGCCGCGAGACUUGUUUCUCAUCACGUUUGAACCGCUUCCCAAAUUGCCUGAAAUGCCGUUGCAUCUUGAGCAUGGUGCUCGUAUCUUACCGGAGAGCGCCGGCUCAGUGCCGAUACUUUUGAUCCCCCGUCAGCUCUUCCUUUGCCGCAAGUAUACCGCCCUAGCUUUUGCACUGAUGGUGAGUCCAAACCCUUGGUCGCUCUUGAAACGUCUUCUGACACAAAGGGCCUUGACAGACGCGCAACAAAGUACCUUCCGCAGCAUUGACGUUCUUUAUACUUCCAUUGCUCUCGGGACGGCGUCAUUCGGAGGCUUCUGCGCUUUCAAUCGACUGGCCAGAAGUCGAGCAUCUCGUCGACUCAAAACUCAGGCCCGUUGCUCUGACAACCUUCCUUGAUCGAGACGAGAUCCAAGCAGCGAAGGAGAUCCUGCGAGACAGAGUGAUCACAAGAGGCAUGGACGUACGAUGUGCGGCUCCUUUGCACGGUAAGUAGCUCCGAGAGUGCCGUGUUCCAGAUGCAAUGACUCAAGUAUGAGCACCUCUCACUCAUCAGUGCUGGACGUCGCUACGUUUGACGACCUUACUUUCGAGCGGAUUGAAGAGGUGCGGCGCACGUACAGACGCGCGUUCUCUGGACCACCACAAGAGCCAGAUGUGACCUGUCUUAGGCCGGAUUCACCUUCUCAGCAGUACUACGGUGGCGAGGCUCUGAUCGUCACUGCUCGAAGAAUCCCUCGCUUCGACAAUUAUCUCUCCCCCCUCCCAAAUGAAGGCCGGAGACGAACCGCUGUGAGUGGGAGCUGCAGGCGGCCGCCUGUCGCGCUGCGCUCAUCGAUACCUGCACUUUCCCGACAGUACGCGCGCAACCACUAUCUGGUCAGGGCUGCAUGCUGGCUGCACCCCAUCAGCGCCUCAUGCCACCGCGCCAUCAGCUUCGUACCAUCAAUCCUGGCCCACGUGGAGCAUUUCCUCAGAGUCCACGAGCUGAAUGAUCGCCUUUUUGCGUCUUCCCUUGAUGUCUCGAUGCUGCAGGUCGCAACCUCUGCCCCUUCGGCUGGUCGCGACUUCGAUUACCAGAAACUCGAGUUUUUGGGAGACGCGUUCUUCAAAAUUGCUGGGAGCUGCUACGUCUUCUCCCGCACAAUUACGCAGAAUGAAGGCGAGCUGCACGUGUCUCGGCUCAGAGUCAUCAGCAACGCAAAUUUGGUGCGCAAGGCAGUUCAGCGCGGCAUCUGGCAGGCUUGCCAGGCUUCAAGCUUCUCCCGUAAGGGCUGGAGCCCCGUGGCUCAUCAAUUGCUCACAUUCAAUGGAGGUGCCAAGGUCAGCGAGAAGCUGUUGGCUGACGUUGUGGAGGCUUGCAUGGGAUCUGCGCUGACGCUCGGUGGGGAGACUCUAUGUCUCAGCGUCAUGGGCCAACUGGGGCUGUGGCCAGAGGACUACAAGAUGCUCUCUGAUAUGCAUGGCAACUGGGACAAGCAGCGCAGCAAGACUGUACCAGGCAGCGGCAACGAGCCUGAACGCAUCAAUCGGCGAGCUCUAGAGAAGCUGGAAAACCUCUUGCAGUAUCGAUUCAGCGAGCCUGAGCUGGCUCUGGAGGCCCUGAUGCACCCGUCCCUCAUCGCUUCGGAUCUCCCUAGCUACCAGCGACUCGAGUUCCUAGGAGACGCCGUCGUCGACUUCCUAGUCGUCGAUCAUUUGCAAAGCAGCUAUGGAGAGCUCGACGAGGGUGCGCUCACGCUGCUGAAGGGAAAUGCCGUCUCCAAUGCCGCUUUUGGCGCUCUGUGCGAAGCUAUUGGUCUUCACCACUUUCUCCAACAUUCUGACGCUACGCUUGCUCGAGCAGUAUUCGAAUAUGCCACGCAAGCCGCCCAACUGAGGGCGGAGCAAGAGGCGAAGGAAGAGAAAACUCGCAGACAGUAUUGGUGGCAUUUGUCACCUCCAAAGGCGAUGGCUGACAUUUGCGAAUCGAUCAUGGGAGCAGUGUUUACAGACAGCCAUUUCAAUCUCGAAGUGGUAAAGUCGCUCUUUGACCGCCUCUUCCUUCCUUUCUUCAAGCAAUACGUUCGACCGGAAACUGUAGUCAUACACUCCACUGCGGCACUGUUCACUAUCUUGCAGCAGCUAGGAUGUCGGAACUAUUCAUUGGAGCUCACCGAAGCGGAGCUAGACGCCCAGAAAAGUUUCAAGCGUAUCGAUCUUCGUCACGAUGCCCUUGAGCCCAGCGUGGGUCUCAGAUGCCGAAUCGUAUUUCAUGGAAUGCUUCUUGGGGAGGGUCUUGGCGUAGGUGGGUCCAGCAGCUGCAGGCUAUGCUCAACACCUUUCGCUGACAUUUGCGGUCGGCGUCCUUGAUGCUCGUGCAGGACGACAGCAAGCUCAGACGGAAGCAGCUAAAGCCGCGACUGAGUUGCUAGACAGGGAAGGUCAGUCUCACGUGGGCGCCAUUGCCAUUCGACACGUAUCACCGGGCGUGCAAGCUGACCUGAAGCGCGCGCGUGCUUUUCCAAUAUGGAAAACAUAACCAGGUAAAGCGUUGCUACAACGCUGCGACUGUCGCGAAGAGAGCGCGCGUGUGCGACAAGCUACGCGCAAAGAUCGAGAUGUUGCUCGCGAGGGCAAUUCAUCGCGCGGAUCCGAAGGGGGGGAGCUUGAGAGCGACACGGAGGAAGCAAGUCAGGAAGAGGGAGAACAGGAUGUCAAUGUCGCAGCCGGCCAUUUUAGCGCUCCCCUUACGAGCAACGAUAUCUUCUUGGACAGGCAUGAGGAUGCUAUGGACACUCUUGCCUAG